AGAUGAAAACUGAGAAAAUGAAAUGACGUUUUAAGUUGAAGAAUAGUUUUGAGUGAUUUUAACAGAAAUUGUAAACAUUUCAUCACAUGGACCAUUAGUUUGAAAUCUUAGCACACAAUAUAUUCGUUUUAAAUGUUAAGUUAGCAAGAACGUUUUAUUUCAUACGCGUGUAGGAAAAGUAUGUCAAAUAAUUCGAUAGGACAAAACCCAAGCAUGCCUUCUAUAGGGAAUUUGAAUCCGCAAAGUGCUAUCCAAUACGUAAACAACCCGCUGCAUAGUCCUCAAAUACAAGCAACGUCGAUACAAAGUUCGCCUUCACAACACAGUCCGAUGGGAACGCAAUCUCAAGUUAGCGGGAAAGUCAUUCAAGGCGGCGGCGGAGACCAACCACCGCAGAUAGUAAAUAAACCCCGUCUUCAAGAAUUAGUGAGGGAAGUUGAUCCCACAGUUCAAUUAGAUGAUGAAGUAGAAGAUUUGAUGUUACAAAUGGCUGAUGACUUCAUUGACACAUCACUUGGCACUGCCUGUUCAUUUGCUAAACACAGACAUUCUUCUAAUGUUGAGCUCAAGGAUGUACAAUUACUAUUAGAACGCCAAUGGAACAUGUGGAUACCUGGUUUUGGUAAUGAUGAACUACGGCCAUACAAACGAGCUGCCAUCACAGAGGCUCACAAACAAAGAAUGGCUCUGAUAAGAAAAACUAGUAAAAAAUACUAAUAUAGGCUUAAGAAGUUGCAAUUAAGGUAUGGGUAUUGUAAAUAAAUGAGUAAAAUUGUUUUCUAAAGUU